AUGGUAUCAAAAUUGAGAAGUAAUACCAAUCCAGUCCUUGCGGAGGCGCGCUCUCCGCCCGGCAGGUGGCGCUGUGGGCUGGCUGGCCGUUUCAGCCGAGCGAUUGGGUCCCGGAAUCCUGCGCCUCCGCCACCGCCACCACCUCUGCUGCUGUUUCUACGUGGGGCGCAUGUGCAGGCACUCCUGGCCCCGGUGGGCCGCUUCGCCUUAACCUCCGGCUGGGCGCCCGCCAUGGCGGCAGUGGCAGAGACACGGGUGUUCCUGGAGGUGCGGAGACGGCUGCAGAGCGCGCUGCUGAUCCUGGGAGAGCCAAAAGAAGCAGGUUUGCUUAUGGAUAUUUCUAUAACGCCAUCCUCACUCCAGAUGAAAACCUCUGAAGGCUGCACAGAGAUCUGGCUUCCAGCAGAGGUCAGGCUUGUACCUUCCUCUUGCCGUGGACUGCAGUAUGUGCCUGGAGAUGGACUGCACCUGCGGCUACAGGCACAAGCAGAAUUCGGCACAAAACCGAUUUCAAUGUUUAAUCCAAGCUCACAAGCUCAAGGCUGUUGCACAUUUUAUUGCCAAUCCUGUGGUGAAGUCAUAAUAAAGGACAGGAAGCUUCUCAGGGUGCUCCCAUUGCCAAGUGAGAACUGGGGAGCUCUAGUUGGAGAAUGGUGUUGUCAUCCGGACCCCUUUGCUAAUAAGCCACUUCAUCCGCAAGUGAAUGACUGUUUUAUUGGAGACUCUUUCUUCUUGGUGAAUUUAAGAAGUGAUUUGUGGCAGCCAAGACCUGAACUAGCCCCAGCGAAGAUGCCCUGUCUUUCUUCUGACACCCAUUUUAAGUUGAAACCAAAGGCAAAUACCAAAGUAAUUUGUAAGCGUUGCAAGGUAAUGUUGGGAGAGACCAUGUCAUCAGAAACCAUUAAGUUUUAUAUGACAGAGGUAAUGAUUCAGCCAUCUGAGAGAAAUUUUCCCGUCAUACCAAGGUCUCAGUUUGUACAGAGCGUUAUCGCCCAGUGUCUGGUGGAACUCUCCUCUGCUAGAAGCACUUUUAGAUUCAGUAUUCAAGGUCACGAUGGCAAAGCAUAUGUCUUGCUAUGGCUUUUAAACUCAGACAGUUUGGUGAUUGAAUCUUUGGGAAGUUCCAAAAGUAUGACAAAGUUUCCCCUAUUGGAAGACACAUUGAAGGCGGAUUCCAGUUCUGCUUGGAAUGCUGUCAAGGUCCUCUACCAGCCAUGCAUCACAAGCAGGAAUGAAAAGCUUGUCAGCUCAUGGGACAAUGACAUCAGCGUCCACUCUCUAACCUUGCCCUCUGCAACAUGCUUGGAGCUGCUUUUGAUACUGUCAAGGAAUAAUGCCACGCUACCUCUGACUCUUCGCUGUAUGAAUUCUUUUCAGGUGGCCUUUUUGAAGAUGUAACUGUGGGAACCGAAGCAUUCCUGUCCACAGCAUGGAGCUCACUGGAGGUUGGCAGUUGGCAACAGUGGGCAGUGAUUAUAGAGACUAGAACCAGAGCUACAGAAUGACAGCCCUGCAUUGAAGUUUUGAGUUACUUGUUUGCACGUAUUCUCUAAGAGAAGAGUUAACUUCUGUGAAGGGUGUGAAGACAGUCACAGUAGUAAGUUCAGGUAGGUAUAGACGUUGUGUCUCUCUUUCCCACAGAGAGGAAUAUUCACAUAGGAUGGGCUGUGUCAACACCACCCGGAAGGAUGUUAGCUAGUGGAGACCCAUCUGUCCUGUGUGGAAUGCACUGAGGGAUUUCCCCUGAUGGAAGUGAAUGGUAACUGCUAUUAAUCCUAGGAAAUAAACUUUCAAAGGACUUCUCAAGUUCAUUUAAAACAAAUUUUAAAACGUAAAAUAGAGAAUUUUGUAUACCUUAUUCAGAGGAGAGGCUCAGUAAAUAAAUGUUUGUCGAACAAGUGAUUUAUCCAAUUAAAGGUUUCCCCAUGUAUGCAAACCUGCAUGUAUUCUUUUUGUUCUUUAUUUUCUUUACCAAAUACUAUGGUACAUCAAUCAAUAUGCCUCGCUGGAGUCCUGUUACAGAGUUGUCAUAAUCCUUGUAUGCCAAGACAGGUGGUGAGGAAACCAUGGAAUGAGAAUGAUAAAGCUAGAGGGACUCCUGCCGAGCACAGGCCAGCUCCAGAUUUUACAGAAAGGUUUGAGACUUGCCUGUAAUCACAGUAGAAGCAAAGCUGGGAUUGGAGCCAGGCAGAGGCAGAUCCUCCUUUCCCACUCCGCAUUCAGCAGGAUGGCCUUUGGAUUUGCAAGGAUACUUGCUGAUUAUCAAGCCUGUUGGUGUUAAUCCUAGCCUAGAGGCCACCAGUACCUCCUUAUUCAAAAAACCCUGAGUUUUCUGUCCUCUAAGUUCCUAAUUUAGUACAGGUAUCAGUGGCAUCAUGAUUUGGUGAAUCUUUCGUAACUUUUUCGUUGUAGUUUAACCAAAACGGGUGCCCUAUCAACAAGGCAGUGGUGUAGCACUCCUAAUUCUGUAGCUGGUGGACUGACGUAGGAAUACAAUCCAUCUGUUUAAUCCUGCAGAGUCAUUUUAUUAAGCACAGUUUGAAACAGUCAAGUUCUUAGUAAUAUGUCCAAGAUGCACAGCCAUAAAGGAGAAUUAGUUUGGCUUCACUUAAACUACUAACCUCUCAAAACACCAUGCUGACUUUUCAUGCUUUAGAUUUCUAUCUGUCGGUGUAGACCAGGGUUUUUCAACCUUGGCUCUAUUUACAUUUUGGGCCAGAUUAUUCUAUGUUGUGGGAGACUCUCCUAUGCUGUUGGGAAAAAAAAAUUCUUUUAUCCUACACCCUCGUAUGUUCAAUGGCUGAGGCUUGCAAAUCAAACUCAUAAAGCACACUAACAACAACAACAAAAGUUUAAUUAUAUAUCCACACAGGAGU